AUUCACCAAAAAGCAUUGUUGAAAGUUGAAUCUAUCAUCUCCUGUCCUAGGGACGAAACAAACCACUACUACUGACUAAAAAUGAGAAAUUUGAUCAUUUCUGAAGUGGUAACGAAUAAAUUUAACAGUGAUUCUAAUGAAUUUUCAGCAAUAUGUUACACUCACAAUGAGUCAAAUAGUGGUGAGCUGUAUAUAUGUUCACAUAACCUUAUUCUUUCAAGUUUCCGUGAUAAUGGAAACAUUAACUGGACCAAAGACCUAUCUGAAAUAAUUUUGAAGGUUUCUGAUAACAGACCCAUAAAUGUGACGUAUCUUUCACUUUUGAAUACUUUGUGCGUCGGAUUGGAAAAUGGUGAAAUAAUUACUGUAGCCGAAUCUGGUCAAGUUUGUGACCUAGCAGGUGUUUGUGAAAAGGGAAUCUUGGUGAGAGAAUAAAGUUUAAUUUGUUUAGACCACUUUGUUCAAAUUGGUUCAUGUUUGUAAAAACCCUAAAAAUGCAUUACAGGCUAUGGAAUGGAGUCCUGAUCAAGAAUUGCUUGUGCUAGUUACAAAGGAAUUGAAUACAAUUUUGAUGUCCUGUACAUAUGAUCCUAUCAAUGAAGAAAAUCUUUUGGGGCAGAACUUUGGUGAAAAACAGUUUAUUACAGUAGGUUGGGGGAAAAAAGAAACACAGUUUCACGGCUCUGAAGGAAAAGCAGCAAGAGUUAAAACUGAGACUAGCGCUGGUAAGUUUUGAAAACAUUAAUGUAGUAUGUGUAGUUGUUAUAAAAGUGACACACAUAUAUCACUUUCAAAUACAAAGAGGAAACUUAUAAACCAUUGCGCUAAUGUAUGCAUCAAAUUAUCUGAAUACUAAUGUCGCCUGUCAUAAAUUUGCAAGAUGUAAAAUAAUCUGUAUGUGAUCACCUCUCUCGUUUUAAAAUAAAGUAUAGUAUCAUUAUAAUUAUCUUUGUGUUAUGUACCUAUUAUUACUUCAUAUUAAUUAAUAGAUUUCAUUUUAUCAAUCUUUUUAACUUCAAAUGAGGUAUAUAAUGUAUUACUGUGUAAAAUUUUGGGAGGAUUUUAUUUCCAGAUUUAUUAGCUGAUAUUGAUGACAGUAUUGAAAAACCAAUUAAAAUAUCAUGGAGGGGAGAUGGCAAUUUGUAUGCAGUUGGUUUUAAUAUGGAAAAUGGCCUUAGAAGAUUUAAAGUAUUUGAUAGAGAAGGUCAUUUACAAUACACAAGUGAAAUAGUACGAGGUCUGGAAUCAAAUCUUUCAUGGCGUCCAAGCGGGAACCUAAUUGCAACAACACGGAAAACCAAUGAACAUUAUUUCAUAGAUUUCUUUGAGAAGAAUGGUUUAAAACAUGGAGGAUUCCCCAUACCAGUUAGUUCUGACACAACUGUUGAAGAUAUAGCAUGGAGUACAGAUUCUGAAAUACUUACAUUACAAUGUAGAAAUAUUGUAACAGAUUCACAGAAGUUAUUAUUGUUUACAUGUAGUAAUCACCAUUGGUAUCAUAAACAGACAUUGGUUUAUAAUUGUGAACAGAAAAUAAAUAGAAUAAUAUGGGAUAAUGACUUUGAUAUAACUAAUAAUAAAAAGUUACAUGUAUUUUUAGACAGUGGAGUACAUUACUGCUAUUCAUGGAUAAGGAAUAUUGAUCAUAGUAGAGGCCAUACAAAUGAUGAUGAUGCAGUGGUUUCAGUUAUUGAUGGUGCAAAGAUUUUGCUGACUGGUUUUAGGCAGACCGUUAUACCACCACCCAUGGCUGCAGCAGAAGUAACAUGUGAUUUUCCUAUAAAUUCAGUGCAUUUUGCCCCACCUGAUAUUCAUGGAAAAUGUUCCAAUAUGUUUUUUGCUGUUACACCUAAUAACAAGUUAAUAUUUUAUAAUCAAAAAAAUAAGUUUCCUUUGGAGUAUUCUUGGAUAAAAACUAUAAGUGUUGUUGAGAAUAAGUUUCCAUUUCAAUAUCAUAAUUGGUUUUGGAUGAAUUCCUACACUAUUGUUUGUAUAACAUUAGAUAACAAUGGCAAUUAUAAACUCAUUGAAUAUAGGAUCGAAGCUGAAGAUAUCACUCAAAUUAACUCUGCUGAAUUGCUUAAGUCUGUAACUAGAAUUCAGGCACAUCCUAAUGAUUCCUCAAUAUUGUUUCUGCAAACAAACAAGGGUGAAAUCAUUAAAUACUAUGAAGGUGGCUUGGCAGAAUCACAAGAGAUAUCUUUUGGUGUUUCAUGUCCAAAGUUCAACAUUAUCAUGAUAGAUGAAACAUUGUACUACAUAGGCCUAUCACAUAAAAAUAAUUUAUUUUUAAAUGACACUAUGAUUUUGAACAGUGUCAAUUCUUAUUUUGUUCACACACAUUUUCUUCUUUUAACCACACUGCAACAUUUUCUACUAUGCACUGACUUAACCCAUACAGGGAUUCUUUCUAUAACUGAAUAUGCUAAAAAUGAGUCUACAGAACAAAUUUACAAAAGAAAAAUAGAAAGAGGUGCUAAACUAGUAAUUGUUGUGCCUAAUGAUACCAGGACAGUCUUUCAGAUGCCAAGAGGGAACUUGGAAGCGAUACAACCUAGACCUCUUUCUUUGAAAAUAAUAGGUGAACAUCUUGAUGCAUUGCGAUACCAUGAAGCGUUUGAUAUUAUGAGAAAACAGAGAAUCAAUUUGAAUUUAAUUUAUGAUCAUAACCCUGAAAAGUUUACCAACAAUGUUGAUGUAUUUUUAGAAUCAGUUAAGAAUAAUUCAUGGUUGAGUCUCUUUCUGUCUGACUUAGAGGAUGUUGAUGUUACAUCUACUAUGUAUGCUAGUAGUUAUGCUGGUAAGACAGAUAAGGUGAAGCUGCACACCAGUAGCAAAGUUCAAACUAUAUGUGACAUUUUGAAAUUACAUUUGAAUCAGAGAAGUGAUAGUGAGAGUAAAAUAUUACCAAUAUUAACAGCAUUUGUUAAAAAAAAUGUUGAUACUGAACUAGAAAAUGCUUUGUUUCUCAUUAAACAACUUAAAUUAAAAGAAUCUGGUGGAUCAAAGUUACCAGUGGGGUCUGAUGAAGCCCUCAAGUAUUUACUCUACAUGGUUGAUGUUAAUCAACUUUUUGAUGUUGCUCUUGGUAUGUAUGACUUUGAUUUGGUUUUGCUAGUUGCAAAUAAAUCUCAAAAGGAUCCAAAAGAGUAUUUACCUAUGUUAAAUGAAUUGAAUGAAAUGGAUGAAAACUAUAAAAAGUUCUCCAUUAACAAGCACUUAAAAAGAUUCAAUAAAGCAGUCAAGAGUCUUGUGUUAUGUGGACCUGAGAAAUAUGAUGAGUUGAAAACAUUUGUAAAGUACCACAGCCUAUACAGAGAAGCAUUGCAGCUGUUUUCACCUGAUGUCAAUAUUUAUAAAGAAAUAUCAAAUGAUUUUGGGGUCCAUUUGCGUUUAAAAAAACAGUAUACUGAAGCAGGCAUAAUAUUUGAAAGAGCGGGUAAUUACGAAAGUGCUAUUGAAUGUUAUAAAGAUGCUUUAGAAUGGGAACUGGCUGUAAAAUUAGCAUAUAAAAGAUGGUCACCAGAACAAUUUAUAGAACUCUGCCGGGAUCUUAUCAAUUCGCUUAAAGAAGAAAAGAGACACCAAGAAGCUUUACAGAUAUUAGAACAAUACUAUAAGGACAAUGACAUGUCAAUUUCCUAUGCAAUAGAAUGUGGGCAAUAUAAAACUGCUUACAGACUUUGUUCACAAUAUGAUAGAGAUGAAUUAAAAGAAAAAUAUCUACAACCAACAGUGUUAGAAGACUACAAAAAUUUAAGAGACCUAAUAGAAUCCAAUUGGAAUACUUUUAUUAAAUAUAGGGAGCGUCUUAAUGUGGUCAAGGAGAACAAGAGCAAGCAACCUACAGAUAUUUAUGAUUCUCCAUAUUAUAAUAAAGACGGUGAUCUUUAUUCAGAUGCGGGCAGUACACUGGCUUCAUCGUCACGCGGUUCAAGGUACAGUCGCCGUAGAAAUCUGUCAAAUGUCAAAUUCUUAAUUAUGUGUGGGUAGAGUUUAAAAUCAACUGGAGAAAUUUGACAUAUUGUGGUGGCCAUAUGCAUAUACAUCCAUUUUGUCAGCAACUUUCUCGAAUUUUGCCAGUAAGUUUAGAACCGUGAGUCUUCAUCGGUUUAACAAAACUAUUAUAAUUAAAUUUCAUCGGUUUAACAAAAAUAUUAUAAUUAAAAUCAUCAAUUAAAUAUGUGGAACAUAAAUUUAUUUUCAAUUUAUUGUACAUCUUUACUGCUUUGACUCAUGGCAUGACAUGGCAAUAACUACGACUUUUUAAUAGUUAAUGGAUCUUGGUGUGUAGUAGAAGAAAUUUGUCUUUACAUGUCAAUAACUACAACUUUUUAAUAGUUCGCCCUCAAAGGAGG